CGUCGCCUUCCUCUCUCGAUCCAGAUCUCCGGCCGACACGACAGUUCCUCCGCCGUCUCCAGCAUCCCCAACCUGAUUGAUGCCUUUUCCUAAUUUCGAAUCAGCAGCGGCAAGGAGAAAGAGGACAUGAUUGAGGCGACAACCAUCCCGCCGUCAUCUCCUCGUAGCCCUCCCUUCGCUCCUGUCGCUCCCACCAGAUCUGAAAAGAUUGAACCUCUGUUUCAGCUCUUCGAUAACGAAUCAACGGCGACUCUUCCUUGGAAGGCGAGGUCGCGAACUGGGUCGAAUGGAGGCAGAGCGGUGGAGAGGGAGCCAGGGUCGGAGAGGGAAGGCGAGGUCGCAGAGAGGUGGAGGCGGCGUGGGCGCUGGCGUUGGACAGGGAGAAGGGUUGGGGAGGAAGUCGAGCGAAGGGAGGCUGUCGGACAAGGAGAAGGGUGGUUGGAUCGAUCGAUUUGUUAGGGCUUCUGUCUCUCUGUUCCACCCCGCGACGCCGGUAUCAGUAUACCGGGAAACCGUCGGUAUUUACCGGGAGAGGAGCCGGUAUACCGAAAUCCUUUUAGACGCUGCCGAAUACCGAUCAUGCCGGUUAUCGGUACGGUUAUUGGUUAAAUCGGUAAACCGGAAAACCGAUUACCACCCCUACCUCUCAUAGCGCUCAAGUAUCUUCUCCAUGCUGUACAUGGUUCAACACAAACCAUACAAACACUAAGACGAUCUAAUUAUUUCUGGAAAGAAAAACCAAGGUUCAUCCAAAGCUAAUAAAGCAAAAACUCAUCAAACGUACAACAAAAACAAAAAUUUGAAGGAAAAAAGAAACCCCAUAAGGGAGAUCCAAAGCCAAAGUUCCAUGGGAAGUUGCACCACCACAAACCCAGCUAGCAUUCGUAAACCCAGCGGAUAAUAAGAAGCCAUCUUUCUUUUCGGUACUCCCAAGUACUGUACUUACUACUAUAAUGAUAGAAAAGGCUUCUCUAGGAAUCGAUCUCGUAAGGAGGCGAGUCUGACUUGAGCGGUGUGUCAACGUAAUUGUUGUUUCCACUGUCCACCAGCGAAUAGCCAAACACCAUAAGAGGCACCCAAGGGAGCGUACUGUCUGCCUUAACCAAACUGCUGCUUCAGCGUCAUCACCAAACGCCCCCUCCUCUACCCCCCGCCGCCGCGUCCGUGCCGAUCGCGCGCCUCACCCUCCCCGCCAUUACCAGAAGAUCACAACCACCCAAUCCCAAAUCUAUUCAAAAGCUACAACUCCCUUCUCGAGGAAACCCAACCCCCAACGUCGCUGUCGCGGGUCUCCUCCGCUUCCUCAACCUCAUCCUCCGCCGAGCCCGACUUGGCCACCGUCUACGCCUCCUAGCGCUUCUUCUUCUCCUGCCCCGACCUCUCCAACUCCAUCGUCGAUUCCUCCUCCGCCGACCUCAACAAAUCCAUGGCUCCUGUUACUCUGCUGAUGGCGACACGGUGGCGAUUUGUCGAAAUCCGUCAGCAAGAUUGGUGAAGGAGAUGAACCACUCCUUUUGUUCGACGCCUGCGAUGGUUGAUUUGCGAUUUGAGUGACGAUGGAGAGACGAUGGAGUUGGAACGCUGGUGAAGGUUUUGAUUUUUCAGGGCCGACAGGGGAGAAGAAGAAACGAGAUCCAGCGCAUGUGGUUCAGAUCGAACAAGAAAAUGCGUAGGAUUAAUUUUCAUUUAUUAUUUUUAUUAAUAAUUUACUUUUUUACUCUUAAUGAAUCCUAUUAUUAUUAUAACAACAAAGAGUGUUGUUAUACUAUCCUGACCCCCCAAAAUUAGCCAAGUCCUGUCACGAACAUAAAGGUUCACUGAUCUGGUCCUACCCAAUCAAUUGAUUCCCUAGGAUAAAAAAAAACUCAAGUGUCUCCUUACUUGGUUGAUAAUCUCCCUACUAUUCAUAAAAUUCUUAUCAUAUACCCUCUUAACACCUCUCAUGCUAGGAUUUCACUAACAUCUACAUUCCAUAUUAGUCUUUCAUGCUUACUUUUCUUAAAGUAGACAAUAGCAUCUUGCAAGCCCUGCUUCCACCACUCCUUCGGAUAGGGAUGGGAAAUCAGAUCCGAUUCCGUGGAUUUUAAUUUAUCUGAUCCGACUUGUAAUGGGGCGGAUAAAAUCCGACCCGUUCUUGAACGGAGCGGAUCGUGAUCUAAUCCGCUUUUAGAACAAAGCGGAUAUGGAUUC